AGUCCUUUGUGUGUUCCUUGUUAAUUACUAAUUUGUGUCAGUGUGUUAAUUAAAGCCUUGUGGAACAGAUUUUUUUAGAACGACUGAAGUUACCCUAUGGUGUUUGUAGCUUGUGGACAUUAGUGAUUUUAUGUUGUAGAGUGUAAAGUGUGUAAAGUCGAUUGUAACGUUAAUGUUGUGAAGUGUGUAGCAAGUUUGAAAUGGAAAGAUUACCAUCUCAUCAAAUAUUCUUAUAUGGUGGAAUGUACAGUUUGCAGGAAUUCACUGGAAUAUUUCUAGACUAAUACCGAGUGAUUGAAGGCCAUAAUAGAUUGGGUAUUGCAGAGCUGAUGUCUCCAGUUUCAUGUAAAUACUUAUAUUGUUGAACUUGGCACCUUGAUCUGUGGCGUAAUGAUUUAUCGAAGUCCCGACUUGGAAGAAGAUUCCUUCUACCCAAGGGAUGACCUCGGGGUCACAGCCUUUAUAGGAUGGCAAAAAACUGUAACAAAUCUCCCUCGAUCCUGAACCAGCCGAGUUGCUAUUCCCCCUCGGCUGUCAGCAUCAGCACCCGAGAAGAACUCAGAAGUGAAAUUGGUUCAUUCCCAGAGAGACCAGUCGAGCUUGUCAAAGAGAGCCAGGCAGCAACAUCUAAUGGUCACGUUGCUCAAGGAAUAAGGAGAUUCGAAAUGAAGUCUUCCGACUUGCCCGUCGACACUUUGUCCGUUAAAGAUGAUGACGAAAAAGGCUUAAAUUCCAUUAGUAGUCAAUCUUCUACAGUGUCCAGAGGUUAUGGAAACAGCAGUGACGCCUAUGAAACUUGCUCCUCCGAUCAGUACUCGUCACUCUCCAGUGGAAUGGGGGAUACUGUCUGCAGUGACACACUCAAGGCCUUUAGCUCCUUGCCACCGCAGGGUACAGUAGGAACACAGUUUUUGGGUGUGAAUAAAGUUUACAAUCCAGAUAGGCAAGACUCUGCAUACCCUGACGAUCUUGAGAGUCGCAGUGACUUCUCUGCAAGUGAUGACGGCGAGUCAGAUUCGUCAGGGAUCAGCAAAGGGAGUCCCAGGUUUGUAAGGUCAUUUAAUAGACGGGUGCGUACCCGUGAUAACAGGGGAAGACAUUUUCAUAGGAUUAAUGCCAUUAGGGUGCGUUCAAGGCCUAGGCAAGAGAUUGGCCGGGAAGAAGCCUUGAUUAGUAAAAAUACUAGUGAGCAAAACAACAAUGAGAAUAUGGUACUAAAUUGCAGCCUAGAAGAAAUUCCCCGAGCAGUUCAGAACAGGAGUCCCAGUUACAGUGAAGCGUCUAGUGGGGAUAGAUUUGACAGUGAUACCUUUGAGAUGUGUUCUCCUGGAUCAGAUGAUGUUUUCUGGGGAAGUGAUAAAAACUUGAAAUUAACAUUUGAUCAGUCAGUUGGAAUGAACGUUGGUGGAUCAGCUCCCAAUCUGGAGAUUGACAGUGGCCAUAGAGAAGUGUGCGAUAAAGGUCUUGCCUCCUCUGAUGCAGUACCAGAAAAAUCAGAAAAAUAUUCUCCCAGUUUAGCUCGCAGAGAGAGCACCGACAACAGUCUCUUACCUUUUAAGGUAGGCGAAGAGUGGACCAGGAUUAAAGAAAGUAGCAGCGGACUCUCUCUUCUCUCUCGGUUAUCAAAAUCAGUUAACAUAAAAAGGAAAUAUGGUAAAGUCUGUAGCAAAAACUCUUCUGAGAAGGUAUUGCCAGAUCAAGAUUUAAGAUACAAAGAUAACUUGGAAAAAAUCAUGGAAUGUGUUCAAGAGAGAACUGAGUCAAAGUAUCUAGGCAUACGAUCACAGAGUUUAACACCAGCCCUUGAUAUUGGAUCGAGAGAAACAGAUAAUGAAUCUUUAGAUUCUGAAGACUGCUGUCUGAAUGUUUCUAACCUUAGUCAACGAUCUCACAGCUUAACACCCACUUUUGAACAUUUUCAUGAUGAUGAUGAUGAUGAUGAGAUUGUUAAAUAUAAAUGCAAGGAUUUGCACAAGAAUGUGAUUGUUUCAGAAGUAAAAUCUCAGCUUUUGAAGCCUGUGAAACCAGUACCUCCUCCAAGAUCAAAAAAGCCACAGAUUGGAUCUUUGAAUUAUGGAUUAGGAAGUAGCGAAAGAGAUUCCCAUUCUUCAAGUGAAUCGCUCAACACACAAAAUCAUGGUAGUGGAAGAACUGAGGAAGAUUUGCCAUUAAAUCAAAGUUCUGAUUAUGGAAGACUUCGUAGUGUUAGUAAUACUUUUUGCAACUUAUGGCCCCAACUUUUCUCUAAUUCAUCAAGUAAUUCACCAAAUAAUUCCAAGUUACAUGAAAAGGACUACAACAAUUUGAAUACAAAAGGUAAUUCCAGGUCAGAGGUACCUGUGGGUGACAGUUCAAAGCCUGAUGUGUCCUGUGAAACCGCUAAAAAUACACCGGAGGACAGUCAUUCAGAUAGGCCAGGAAAAUGUCAAGAAAUUGCAAGUGACACUGAGUAUAGAGAAAAAGACCAACCAGAAAAGGGUAGUUCUGAUAAGCUGAACGUUCCAGAACGUAGGUCUUUACCAGCAAAACCUCAGGGUUCUUCCCGAAGAAUUCUUCCACCAAAACCACAGCUUCCAGCUAGAAGUUCUUCAUAUGCACCUCAACCACCAAGUGCCAGUUCUAAGCCUAAACAGCCGCAAGUUCCAACUCGUAGCUCCUCUUACAAGCCGAAUUUCUUUGGAAAUCAGUCUAAUGCAAACUCUCAGCUCCCCGAGUUCGAGUCUGUUCCCCAGAAAAUGCAUUUUCCUGGAUAUGCAAGUGAAUGUCCAUCAACAUCUGCUAGUUGUAGUUCGCCAGUCAGUACAAGAAAGGGUACAGCUGAAACUCAAAAGGAAACUGUUAGUCAGAAGAAAGCAAAGCUUUUUUCUAGUUUUUCAUUUCAUCCUGAAUUAAGUAACAAGAAAAUGGAGACGGAAAAAAAUUCGCCGAAAGAUAAGAAGCAUUUGAAGGAAAGGAGAAGUGAUGGGGAUAAAAAGGGCAUUGAUGGGAAAUCAUUCGGAAACCAGUCAAGGAUUAGGAGAACUGGUGCUGUUAAAAAGAGUGAUGACCAAAGAUAUCACAGUCAAGAUGACAGUCCCAGCCCAUCAGCGACAAGGAGGAUAUUGCCGAGAAAUCAGAAUGACAGUAGAAAAUCCCCAGAGGUUCAAGGUAGACAUUUAGGCCCGGGAUUGAGUCUAGAUGGAAGUAGUCAUACUGGUGCUAUUCCCAAAAGUAGCUAUUUGAAUAAAACAUUCCACAUCCUAAAUAGAGAUAUAGAAGGAAGAAGAACAAACAGUGACCCAAAAAUGCAGGACAAUAAAUCUGAGGGAGAGAGUGAUCAAGUAAUAAAAAGAGGUUCGGACAAACUGCCACGGAGUCCUGGCAAAAAAGUGUUGGAUAGGUCCGUUUCUGUUCCAUUUUGGACAAAACUGUAUAUGGCAACUGGUAGUAAUGUACAAACACCUGUGACAGUUAUAAGUGAAGCAGCAGAAAAGACCAUUACUGAAGAGAAAACAGAACCAUUCAAUCAAAAGCUGUUGACAGCAGUUUCAAAAGAUGAAGUUGUAAAGCAGAAACUCACCCACACUACUUCCUCUCCUUCAAAUCCAAGUGGGAGCUCGAGUCCUUUCUUGAGAAAGGCCUCACACAAAAGAACGAGAUCUCAUGAUGUCACUAAAACGUUCAAAGAAGACUUCAUGUCACUCCCGCCAGAAAGAUCAGCUUCGCAUGAUAACUUGGCCCAACUAAAGGACGACGACGGAGUGGACAUGCCUGUACUAGCUGUGGAAUUUGCUUCUCCAGACUCGCCCCCUCAGAUGGAGUUCAAAAGUUUAAGAUUUGCUAAUGGGGGCGACAGCUUUAAUUACAAAUCUUCUCAGAAGCACAAGAGUUGCAAUAACAUCAUUGACAUGAAUGGCGAUGUAUUAGAGCCUAUGUCGCCCAAGUUUGCAAGAACCUUUAAAGAUUCCAGACUGAAGAGUGCAUCAGCCUUCUGCCUUACCAGUGGCCAUGCCAAAAAGAUCUCUGCUGCUUCGGCACUGAAGCGAGAUGGAGGCGGCGGGGAGGACUCGUGCCCCUCAGGAGAGUCUACGCCCCCUUGGCCCCCCACCGGUUUUGUAGAUGGGGAUAGGAGGAACAUGAGAGCAUCGCAGCAGCUCUACACCUCUCCGUAUGAGUUGACAACCCAUGCCAGGGAUAAGCCUUACUUUCAGAGGCUGAUUGGCAUGUUCCAUAUACAGGUUUCGGACUCGAAGAUGGACUCCCUUGUCCAGCAACUGGACCUCUACAGUCGGCAAGGUAUCCCGAAGCAGCCUCACCUGUUAGCCUGUCAGACAUAUCAGAUAGAACAAGAGGUAGUAGUAGAGGACAGCUGGCGCGUCCUGGUCGAAGGGCACGAGCAGCUGGACGACCGGCAGGAGCAGCAGCAGAGUGCCAUCUGGGAGCUGGUUGAGACCGAGGCUACUUACAUCCACAUGCUCAAAGUCAUUACAGAUCUGUUUUUGUCGUGCUUAUGCAACCUACAAAACGAAUCCCUGUUGUGCGAGAUCGACACCGACAAGCUGUUCAGCAACAUCCAGGAGAUCUACAACGCCAACCUCACCUUCUGGAGGGAACACAUCUGUAGGAUGCUGGAGGUGGCGCGGUCGAGCAGGCAGCCUCUGGACCCGUCGCUCCUCUCAGAUGGCUUCUACAAGUUCGACGAGUUGUUUCAUCCGUACACCCGUUACUGUCUAGACCAGAGUCACUGCCAGCUCUAUUGCAAGGAGAAGGACCAUGACAACGAAUAUUUCAAAAUGUAUUUGGCGGUGAUGUGUGAAACACAGAAGGAAUGCAAUAGACUUAGAUUAGUGGACAUUCUCGUGCAGCCUAUGCAGAGACUGACCAAAUAUUCCCUCCUCCUGAAGGCGAUCCAUAAAAAGACAAAUUCGGAAGACCAUAAAAUCAUUCUUCAGGAUAUGAUAACGCAUGUCGAGAACUUCGUAUCUAAUGUGAAUUCUGCUCUGAGGCAUAAACACGAACAGGAAAGAUUACGCGACAUUGCCAAAAGAAUAGAGGCAUACGAAGCAGUGGAGGCUCGUGAUGACGAGUUAGAGAAAGUAGUCAAGAAUUAUUCCGACCUAAGCCUAACUCAGCCUAUGCCUGGAUGCCCCGAACAUCUUCCACGCCACAUCCUUCACCACGGUGACCUUAGACUAAGGGACCCUCAUUCUUCCAAGAUGGAUGUGCACGUUUUCCUCUUUACAGAUCUAUUGCUCAUUACCAAAGUGACUCAGCGUAAGGCAGAGAAGGUCAAGAUUAUUCGACCACCAUAUCAUGUAGAGCGUCUGAUUAUUGUAGAUCUCAAGGAUACAAAUUCCAUUGGCCUUGUCUCCAUUAAUGAGUGGAAUGUAGCCGUGGCGGCAUUUACGCUUCAGUGUCCUGACCAAAAAACCCACAGGAGUUGGCAUGAUGCCCUAAAGCGUGCAAAGGAGCAGUACAAGGAAGCUCAACAGGCCCGUGACGUAAUGAUAUAUGAAGACAUUACUUGUGUGGGUCAUUUGGCUCCUCGAUCUCCUCGCCCAGGUUCCUCUAGAGCCUCCAGGGUAUCAAGCCUUGCACAUUCACACUCAGGUUCCAUUGACCUAAAUGAACAUUCUCCCGCAUCCACACACCAUCCUCCUAGUUUUGAUAUGUCAGAAAUCAGGGCAUCUAGUGCAUCCAGUGACGAUUCCAUUGCUCCCACUGAGGGUGAAAUCCAAAGAUCCAAAUCACUGGAAAGUGGGGCUUAUACAUCUGCAUCCCCACGGCCAGAUCGUCGCCCAGCAUUUCCAAAAACACCUAACACACUUAGUGUAGUACCUCCUUAUUCUACUGGUCAGUCCCUCCCAAAUCUUACUGUCGAAUCUGCCAACUCCCUUCGUGUACCUAAUAAUCUGAGCAAUAACCCAAAAGCUUUGUCUGCAUGUAACCGUGGGGUCUCUUAUCCUCCUCCUUCACCUCGCACUCUAAGAAGAUCAGCUCCAGUACCUCAGUCUCGAAACCCACCUCUAAUAAAAACUAGGCAUGUCACUUCCAUGGUUGGGUCACCUCAAGAAGUAGACCAAGCAGAUCAAGAUGACUCUUCAAGAAGUGGUGGUCCGCGAAGAAUAUCACGCACUGAUAGAAUGGACAACCGUCGAUACCAUACAGCUGGUGCUAUUGAUGACAUUAAGAAACAAGACACAAAAGAUGCAACAAUUCAUAAGCGUCUCUCCUGGAAUUAUGGCCAAGGUCCCCCUCCCUCACGGGACCUAGGUAAUGAUCAAGGAAAACUAGGUCGUCACAAGCAUGCUGUGAAGAGCAUUUCCUGCGAGUCUAUGCAUAGCUCAUCAGGAGUCUCUUCAACCUCAUCACUUCAUCGAUCUAUGGGUUCUGAAGUUGAAACUUUAGAAAAUAUAGAUGAUAAUGAACUCGAAGAUGGUGAAAGUACUGUAGUUGAUUUGACAGUGAGUGAUUGUACCAGUUUGAAGAUAUCACCUCAUAUUUCAACAACAUAUAUCUGCCAUGACUCUGACAUUACCCUUGGUGUAUGCUCACAGUACAUAACUCAGCCAAACAAUGCUGCUGAGCCAAGUGAAGGUUGUGAGAAUCUGGUAAAGAUUGAUGUCUCGGAAACAGAUCCAGGGAUUUCAUCUGUUCAGAUAACUGUCACCGAGGGUGCUGCCUCUUCUUCCUCUUUGAAUUUGUCCUCAUCAACCAGUGAAGGUGCCUCUUCAAAGUCUGAUAAUAUGAGAAUGAGAGAGAUUUUGUUGAAUGAUGCAUCUGUUGAGGCUUCGUAA